AACUCAUCCUUCCUUUGCCGAAUCUCAAAGUUUUGCUGGCUGGUCUGUAAUCCUGGAUUUGGCUUUAGAUUCUCUUUGCUUUGCACAGGGUAUCCUGAUUAAUUAGUGUUCGUGUUUUUGAAUAGAUUAAUUAGUGUUUUUGAAUAGAUUAAUCUUACCUGUUUUCAUGCCCCCGUUGGCUCCUUUUCUGCUCUUUCCACCUCUAAUGACCCAUUUCUUCUCAGAAUUAGAAUCUUCAGCCGAGCGAAUUUCCCAUCUCCGAACUUUCGUUUCCCAGCUCCCGACCACAGUGCUGGUGGUUCUCCGUUACCUCUUUGCUUUCCUCAACCAUUUAUCUCAGUACAGCGACGAGAACAUGAUGGACCCCCACAACCUGGCCGUGUGCUUUGGCCCCACGCUGGUGACCGUCCCCACAGGGCAGGACGCUGUGUCGGUGCAGCCUCACAUCAAUGAGGUGGUGAAGUGCCUGAUCGUGCAUCAUGAAGCCAUCUUCCCUGGAACCGGCCAGUUAUCUGGGCCUCAGUAUGAGAAAGUCAUGGCCUUGGCUGAGGAGGAGUACUGUGACGUCUUGCCACUGGAAACCACUGCAGAGGAACCUGAGACGGAGGGGACUCCUGAAACGCCAGCUAGCGAAGAUGAGUGUGACUCCCAGUCGGACUCCGUGCCCCGCUCCGGUUCCACAACACAACACGAGGAGCGGUUCGUGCUGCAGCGAGCCAUACCCGGAGGCUGGUGGCGAGCUGACCGUGGCGGCAACCGUGGGCUGGUGCCUCCUAUUACCCUGCCCACUAGUGAGAAACAAUCGAGCCCCCGGAGCUCCAGACUGGAGAUUGACACCGGACUGUCUCUCGACGAGCCCCCUUCUGAACCCGCCAGCAGGUAGUGGGUGAAUUCUGACAAUAGCGUUGAGAGUGCGUCAAGCAUUAGGGGCAACAGCCCCAUCCGCAUAAACUGGCAUGUCUUACGUUCAUGGAUGGGGGCCGUCUCCCCUUACCCCUCCUGCAGCCUGUCCAGCCCAGGUCUUUUCACCCCACAGAAAGGCCGGAACUUUCCCCACGCCCCUGGUGUAACAACAGUUCCGAGAGGCAAGGGCUAACCGACAAACGGGUGGAAGUGGACAAGGAUGUUGCCAGGAAUAUGGAUUCUGUAUUCAAGGAACUUCUGGGGAAAACCACCUUGAAGCACAUGGGAACGGAAGAACCCUUAACCCCUCCUGAGCCUCCCGACCCACCGAAGAGCAAUUUCGUUGGCAAGAAGGGCACGCCUGCCAAGCACGGUCCUGCGAACAGGGUGCUCCUACGGGGCAGAGGAGUCUUCAAAUCCACAGGGAACGGAGAGUGAGCCAGUUUUGGAGGGAUUAUCCCCAACAUGACCUGCCCAAUACUGUGAUUUAUCUUUUCUCUUCCUCCCUUUCAUGUUCCUUACACCAGCUCAGGGCAGAUGUCUUUUUCUCUCAUGGGCCAGCCGCAAAAUGAUUUGCGAAGGUGGCGGGAAAGCCGCUGAUUUUACGAGAACUUCAUUUCUAAGCCAAAUGUUGAAGGGGGAAGCACCCGUUUGCUAUCCAAAUGUACCCUCGUGCCCGGGAGACGGAUCGGAAAGAAUUGGUUUUUUUUUUAAAAAGUACGUGAGUGGCGCCCCCUGGAGGUUCUUUCGGAGUUGGCAGCCACCUGAUCUGUCUUUCCUCUUCUGUUGGUGGUUUGGUCUUGGAAUUGCAUGUGGAUGCAGCGGGGUGGGGGUGGGGGUACCCGAAUCCUCUGGUUCUGUUCUUGGCUGUGGGGAGUGUGGAAUAAUGUCUAGUGGGUUAUAAGGCAAAGUAUUGCAAUGAAGGACUCUUCCCCUCUGUGCAUAUGUGUGUUCCGUACUUACCCUGUUUCACAUCGGCCUUCACCAGCUUGUGCGUCCCUGCCCUUCCAGUGUAUCCGUUGGUGCGUGCUACACACUUGUCCGAACCUGUAAACUUCCCCUUCCCCACCCUCCAUAUUCUCCCUCAUGCAGCUCCAUCCCUGUGAGAAUCACCCUUUUGUGCAUGUGAAUUGCUGCCCAGUCUCAGCCGACUGCGUGCGUGAGAGGGCUUUCAAGGCGAGCGGGAAGAAAAGAUCACCCUCUUACGCUGGAGGAGUAAAUAAAGGGACCUACGAGGUGGGGCGGGGAGGGGAUGGGGUCCACGUGCCAUUUCUUUUCUCUGCAUCCGAGAUCCAGUUUGUUCACCCUUAUUCCUUCUUUUUUUAAAAAUAAAGUUUCGGCCAUUUCAGUAUUA